GCUGGAGCAGCGUGCUGAGCCAGAAUCACUCCAGUGCUGCUGCAGAUGGACCAGCAGAGAAGGACCAAGAAAAAGCAAAGCAUACAGAGGAGGAGCACCUGAGCAGCCAGAAGCAACCUGGACCUUAGAUCAGCAGGAACUCCGACCUGACGCCAGCAGCAACUCGGACCUUACACCAGUGGGAACUCUGACCUUACACCAGAAGCAACUCGGACCUUACACCAGUGGGAACUCUGACCUUAGACCAGUGGGAACUCUGACCUUAGACCAGCGUGAUGGACUCUUCCCCGAGCCUUCUUGUGCUGGUCCUGCUGGGAUGUCAUCUGCCAGAAGCGCUGACUCUGCACAUGUGUGACGUCGUGAACGACAUCGAGCUGGAACGCCAGCGCUGCGAGAACAGCACGUCGGAGAACGUCACUUCAGGCUGUGGAGGUGAGUGGGACAUGGUGACCUGCUGGCCGUCAGCCCAGGUGGGGCAGGUGGUGACCAUCACGUGUCCCGCCUACUUCAGCUACUUCAGCGAGCAGCACAAAGCAGGUAACCUCUCCAAGACGUGUACGGCAGACGGCUGGACCGAGAUGCGCCCGCUGGACAUCGCCUUGAACUGCGGCUACAACAUCAACAGCACCAGUGAUGAGGGCAAGUUUUUUUGGCAAGUGAAGAUCGGCUACACCGUCGGUCACAGCGUCUCCCUCGUCUCUCUCACCACCGCCAUCGCCGUCCUCUGCAUCUUCAGGAAGCUGCACUGCACGAGGAACUACAUCCACAUGCACCUGUUUGUCUCCUUCGUCCUCAAGGCCAUCGCCGUCCUCAUCAAAGAUGUUGUCCUCUACGAGGUCGGAGAGGUGGACAACUGCACGUCAAGCUCGGUGGGCUGCAAGGUGGCGAUGGUGUUCUUCCAGUACGCCAUCAUGGCGUCCUUCUUUUGGCUGCUGGUAGAAGGCCUCUACCUUCACGCCCUGCUGGCUGUCUCCUUCUUCUCGGAGAGGAAGUACUUCUGGGCGUACAUUCUCAUCGGCUGGGGUGGGCCCGCCGUCUUCAUCGCAGCCUGGAGCGUCGCCAAGACCUACUAUAACGAUGUCGGCUGCUGGGACAUCAUCGAGACCAGCGACGUAUUCUGGUGGAUCAUUAAAGCUCCAAUCCUGGCAUCUAUCUUGAUGAACUUCAUCCUCUUCAUCUGCAUCAUCAGAAUUCUGCGCCAGAAGAUCAACUGCCCGGACAUCGGGAGGAACGAGUCCAAUCAGUACUCGAGGUUAGCAAAGUCCACGCUGCUCCUCAUUCCUUUGUUUGGCAUCAACUUCAUCGUCUUUGCUUUCAUUCCCGAACAAGUCAAGACCCAAAUCAGACUCGUCUUUGACUUGAUUCUGGGCUCCUUUCAGGGCUUUGUGGUGGCCGUGCUCUACUGCUUCCUCAACGCAGAGGUGCAAGGUGAGCUGAGGAGGAAGUGGCGGCGAUGGCACCUGCAGCGUCACGUCACGGCUGACAGCAAGUCCCAGCAGCCCAGCAGCAACUUCAGCACGCAGAUCAGCUUGUUGACGCGCUGCAGCCCCAAAAGCAGACGCGCCUCCUCCGCCAAUCACCAACACAUGUCCCGCCUCUAAUUAUUACGGGGGUGGCGUGGCGUGGGUUGGGAGAGUGGCCGUGCCAGCAACCUGAGGGUUCCUGGUUCAAGCCCCAGCUUCUACCAACCUCGUCACGUCCGUUGUGUCCUUGAGCAAGACACGUGGUUUGGACCUUGCAUGGCAGCUCCCGCCAUCAGUGUGUGAAUGUGGAAAUAGUGUCAAAGUGCUUUGAGUACCUUGAAGGCAGAAAAGCGAUAUACUGUACAAGUAUAACCCAUUUACCAUAACCCAUUUAUUGAUCAUAUUUAUAUUAAUAUUAUUAUUAUUUCAACACAUGUCCUGCCUCUAAUUAUCAUCAUUCCAUCCAUCCAUCCAUUUUCUACUGCUUGUCCCUCUUGGGGUCACGGGGGGUGCUGGAGCCUAUCUCAGCUGCAUCAUUAUUAAUAUUAUAUCACCAACACAUGUCCUGCCUCCAAAUAGCAAGACUAUUUAUAAUAAUAUUAUUAUAUCUGUCAUGACUUGGUCCUUGGGUUUUGUUUUGCCGGAAGGCAACAGAAAGUUGGUUCGGGCGAGACGGGAAUGUAAGUACAUGAUUUAUUAAAUAUUGUCAAAAAGAACAAACUAAAGGUGCGCACAAGGCGGAAGUACAAACUUGACUAAUGAAACAAAUACUUGCACGUGGGCAAAAAACUAAGGACAUGAACAAAAGUCGCUAACUGUGGCAUGAAUAGAAAAAACUUACUUGGACAUGGCAUGAAGUGCGCAGAGGUAAACAGAGUGUGACAGGGGUAUGAUGUCGCCAGACAUACAGCCUGGCAACUGGAAGCUUAAAUAAUAGUGACAUGAUUAAAGACAGGUGCAUGAGUCGUGAGGGCAGGUGAAAACUAAUGGGUAACCAUGGAAACAAGACAAGGGAGUGAAAAGCCAGAAACUAAAGAGUCCAAUAACUAAACAAAACAAAACAUGACUACACAGACAUGACAGAGCCCCUUCCUUAAGGACAGAUACCAGAUGUCCAUAAAAAAA